GAUGAUCCCUUACUUCUAAUUGUCGCUCUAUCUACUCACUAGCAUAACUCAAACUUUGUUUUUAUUAAGAUAUUUUAAACACGGUAUAUAUAUUUUUUUCUUUAAUAUAACCAAAUUAACAAAUAUGUGAGUUAGUUUAAGCGAGAAUCGGGUUGUUUGACAACAAGGGAAAUACACCGGCAACACCGAAACCUUCAAGAUGCAACAGCAGUAGACAAUGUCCUUGUGAUCCAAUCAUAAUUAGAUCUGUUUUACCAAAAUGGAACUAUAAAUUAAUUAAGCAACAGAGAACGAAUUGCAUCUGUUUAGUCUCUUAUUCUAUUACUAUAAAUUUGUGUUUUUGCUGGAUUAGUAGGAGAGCGAAAGAUUCAUUAAAAAGACUUGUCAAGUUUUUACCGCCAACUUCCCUUUAAAAGUAAGAUGAUUUAUUAGUUUACUAAUACUCGUCAAGUGAUGUUAUUGAAAUGCCAAUUGUCUACAACGGAUCUCGGUUCAAAACUUCAAGAACAUGGAUAAAACUGUUGCUGAAAACAGAUACCAUCAAAUUGAAUCACCAAUGGAUGCCUCUACUCUUUCUGUCUGGUCAACAUCAUUAGGAUUGCUACCAUCAAUAUUGACACAAUGAAAGAUAUUACAUUUUGCAGAAAAACUAUCAUUAUCGAACCCCUUAUUCUACGGAGGAUGCUUUUCAAGAGUGUGAAACGAUUUACUAUGUUUGAAGGGACUGAGAAAAAAAUUAUAUAAAACAAAGCAAAAACAAAACAACAAAAAAACCAUCCGAUUUCUGAAAACUCUGCUGUAUUGAAGAAGAUUGAUAUAUUUUGAUUGACGUAUUCUGGUUCGAAUUGGCUUUCUUGAAAAUUUAAAUUACACCGAAAGAAAGAAAUAGUUGAGUUAUUUACAAAUUGUUUUGUAAAUUUAAAAAGUAUUAAGUUUUUUCUUCUUUUUGAUCUUUGAUUUUUCAGUUGGAAAAAAUAAAUAUCCUUCUGAACAAGAAAAAAAUCAUGCUAAGCAACAAAAAAAAUAUUUAUAUUCUUACAAAGAAGCAAAACUGAAGGAAGCAAAAGCAAUCAUUAUAGGGAAUAUUCUUAUUUGAUAUUCAGAAAAAUUCAUUUGUUUUGAAAAGUUAAAAAAAAAAAUUUGGAAAAGAAAUAUUUCUUUUUAAAUUGGGAAAAAUGGAACUAAUUAAUUUAUCUGGUUUUAUUUGAUUUAUCUCAAAGUUUAAACACUCCCAUGUGCACUCAAACACACAUACACAUAUAUUUAUUGUUGGCCUGAGAUUAAUCUCUGUUACUAUGCACAGUUUCACAUUUAGUAACAGAAAGUAAUCGGCUCUACAAUAAAUAUUUAUGUUCUACUUUUGUAUCGAGUACUUUUUCUAAAUUCAAACAAAUAUACACACAUAUACAUAUUUUUAAAAGAUAGUGAUAAAACCUCAGAUACAUACACACGCAUACAUUAAAAGGUUUGAUUGAUUGACAGAAUGGGAGAGAUUAAUGGUUAUAUUAAUGUAAGAGUGAGAUAGACCAACAGACAAAUAGACUGACAUAUAUAUAUUCAGAGAAAAACUGGAAGAAAUUUUCUUGUUUUGGAAUUUUUUCCAAUUUGAUUUUAGAAACUUUAUUAUAAAUGUUAUGAAACUGAACUUUUAUUUCUAACUAAAUAUUACAAUCUUUGUAAAAAUUGUCAUGGAAAGUCAUCUUGGACAUAGUGGAGGGAAAAGCAUGCGUCAAAAGCAGUUCCUUCCCUGCAGCAAUGCUGGACCUGCCCCACCCAUACAUAAAAUGCCCCACAUGCACUCAGAAAAAGUAUACCAUGGAAACAUGUGUAACCCAAAAUCCUAUCCACCAAACUGCAGUUCCAUGCAUAUGCACAAUCGGUUACAUAGUGCUACUGCUGUCAGUAAACCUUACUGGGACAUUUAUGGCAAGCCUCUCUCAUUGGGAAAAGCCUUGCCACAAUCAUCAAUACCUCCCCCGAUGCCAACAAUGGCGCCACCAAUCCCCCCUUUACCUCUACCAUCUCCAAGUUCCUCUUCCUCUUCAUCCUCAUCUUCACCACUGAUAAAUCAACCAAAAGGUACUGCUUCAUCCUCGCCCUCCCCCCAUCACACUUCUCGCAAUCUCAGCAAGCCUUUCCAUUGUGACGCCUGCCCAUCAAUGUCACCUCAUCAGGCACACAUAAACCAGUACCAGCAUCUUGACAAGGCUCCCAACUUUCACUGCGAUAUCUGUCCACCUCCGCAUAUGCCACCUCUUCUGCCGUCCUCUCCAUCAACACCUUCACCUUCAAAUUCAACAUCCCACCACCAGCAUUGCGAUAUAUGUCCCCCUUCAUCAACUUGCUCCUCCCAGCCCAUGUCAUCACCACCCAUUGUUCAUCAUCCUCAUCACCAAAGUCAUCCACAACAAUCAUUACAGCCUCCACCACCACCGUCACCUAUUUCAACAGUAACCACACCACAUCAACAAUCACAGCAACAGCAACAACAACAGCAGCAGCAGCAGCAUCAACAACAGCAGCAACAACAACAACAGCAACUAUCCAACCAACAUGUUCAUCAAGAGAAACCAUAUCACUGUGAUGUUUGCCCACAUCAAUUUGCCCGUCGAGAUGCAUUGCAGUGUCAUAAACGGACUCAUACAGGUGAGAAGCCUUUCCGUUGCGAUAUCUGUAAUGGGCAGUUUGCUCGUCGAGACACCCUGCAAUGUCACAAACGAACCCACACUGGUGAAAAGCCAUUUCAAUGUGAAGUCUGCCCUAAAAAAUUUGCCCGGCGGGACAAACUUCAAUGUCACAAACGGACUCAUUCGGGUGAAAAACCGUAUCACUGUGAUCUUUGCAGUGGUCAGUUUGCUAGACGAGAUACACUGUUGUGUCACAAACGAACUCACACCGGACUGAAACCUUUUGCCUGUGACCUCUGCCCGAAAAAAUUUGCUAGAUCGGAUCAGUUAACUUGCCACAAGCGUACUCAUUCAGGCAUAAAACCAUUCCAAUGCAAUCUUUGUCAGAGGCAGUUUGCCCAGCGGGAUAAACUUGUUUGUCACAAGCGAACACACUCUGGUGAGAGGCCAUAUGAGUGUGAUGUCUGUGGCCGCCGGUUUGCCCGCCGGGAUACCCUGCAAUGUCACAAGCGAACCCACACUGGCGACAAACCCUAUCAGUGUGAUCUGUGCAUCCAAAGAUUUGCUCGACGCGAUACGUUGCAAUGUCAUCGAAGGACCCACUCGGGAGAGAAACCAUUCAGCUGUGAGUUUUGCGGGAAGCUGUUCGCUCGCACUGACAAACUGCAGCGACAUAGGCGCACACAUGCUAGGCAACACAGCCACCAUCAACACCAGCAUUCUCAUUCGGCAGUUGCUGCAUCUACAGUUCUACCAGCUGGCAGCUCUGGUCUAACAUCGCCAGUGGCUGUUCUCCCUCCACCUCCUGGGCCAUUUGUAGUUGAGAGUAACAAUAGUUUUGCUCGACCUGGAACCACACCUCCUGCCUGUAAAAACAUCAAAGAUUACCCACCAGUUUCUGUGACGAACCACCUGUGGCAAGCAAUUUAUGUACCAUCCUACUACACCUGGAACAAGAGGACAUGGACACGAAGAAAAACAGGUCAAGAUGUUGAUGGACAGCCUGGCAUAAAGUUUGACAAUUGCCUGAGGAGAGUUUACACAGUGGAUCCCAGCCAACAUGAGAGUUUCUAUUUCCGUCUGCUACUGCAUGAGGCCAGAGGACCAACGUGUUUCCAAGACCUAAAAACUCUUGAUGGACAAGUUUGUGCUAUAUAUCGAGAAGCCUGCUUUAAACAUGGACCGCUAGAAGAUGGUUCAUUGUGGGAUGAAAUUUUGGCAGAGGCUGCUGUAUCACAGUCACCUAGAAGUCUCAGGGCAAUGUUUGCAACAGAUACAUCGGAAAACUGUUUUUUCUUUAUUCGUGAGAAUGGUGUCUUCAAAGAUUUAGGCAUUUGGUCUAAAUCUUAUGAAAUAUUGACUCGAAAGAAGAGAAGUUCAAACAUACAACCAGAUUCUAGUUUAGCUAUGUACAGACCUGAAGAUAAAGCACCACAUGCUUGUGACAUAUGUGGCAAAACAUUUGAUAGGUAUGCUCAGCUGAAACGCCAUAAGAAGAACAACCAUCCAGAGAUGUCUCCAGCCGUUCCAGAUAAGAUAUUUCACUGCACCCAGUGUGACAAAAGUUUCUCACAACGAACCAAUUUAAAAACCCAUGAACGUACACACACAGGAGAGAAACCGUUCCACUGCAAUGUCUGCCAGGCAUCUUUCACACAGAGAACCAACCUAAAGAAUCAUGAACGCGUUCACAGUGGUGAGAAACCUUUUGUGUGUGAAGUCUGUGAAAAAGCUUUCUCACAGCGGACCAAUCUGAAGAACCAUGAAAAUAUUCAUACUGGAUUUAAACCAUUUGUUUGCAAUGUCUGUUCAAAAUCUUUUUCCCAGCGCACAAACCUCAAAAUUCAUCAACGUACACACAGCGGCGAAAAGCCAUUCAUUUGUAUGAUUUGCAACAAAGCUUUUUCGCAGAAAGGAAAUUUAAAGAGCCACAUCAAAACUCAUUCUAACCGUGCUACCCUCUUCUGCAGAAUUUGUCGAAAAGUGUUCCAUCGCAAAGCAUUGCUGAAGUGUCAUGAGAAGACACAUCAAACUGAAAGAAUGCAAUUAGAUGCAUGCAGCAACAGCGGCGACAGCAGUGGCUCCCAAUCAGAAGAAAAUUCUUAUUAUGACAGUGAGCAGCAAUAACUACAAAUUCAAAACACAAUCAAUUUUUUUUUAUUUGCCCAUUUUCAUUGACAGCCAUAUUUGUUCACAUUUAAAAACAUUUUGCAAACAUCACUGAUUGCCUUAUCUAGAUAAGCAACAUUUCUUCUUAGACAAUCUAAUUGGCUGUUUUCUUUUCUUUAAAUGAACUACUUUUAUUUUUUUUCAAUAUCUCUCUUCAGUAAAAUAAAUAUUUGGUAGUGCAAAAUCAGCAAACAAGAUAAUAACAGCUAAUGUUUCUUGUCAAACUCUUUGAAAAAUUCUUUCACAAAACACUUUGUAAAAGGAAACAAAUUUAAAUAUCUGAGAUGUUUAAUAUAUUUAAGAUAUCAAUAUUAACUUAUACAUGUGUGUAUAUGUUAAUAAAAUUUAAAAUAUAGAACUAACUUAUUUAUGCAUGCAAAUAUGUGUGUAUAUACUGUCUAUUGUUUGCUCUUUGCAAAAGCAAAUGAAAGGAAGGUAUCGAUUUUAUCGGAUAUCAGGAAUUCGGUUAUAUAUAUAUUUUUUCCAUAAUGACUGUUUGAUAGCUAAACCAAAGUUCUAAACUAUUACUCUUAUAUUUUAAAAUCUUAUUUUAAACACAAUGUUGUCUUAAAUUAUAACAAAAACAAGAUUCAUAUUUAUAUUUGCUGGUGACUUUGAGCAUUAAUCUGUUUUUUAGCAAGUAAUGUGAAAUUGUUACUUUAACUUAAAUUUCUUCUUGAGUUAACUUUACAUUAAAGUAAACAUGCUUAAGACCAGUUAAAUUUCAAACAGUUAUUCCUUCAAUUUCUGAGCAAAGAGCUUUUAUAUAUAUAUAUAUGUAUAUAUUUAUAUUUAUAUAUAUAUAAUGUGUGUGUGUAUGUAAUUUAUUUUAUUUUAUUUUUUAUUUUUACUGAAUAGUUUUUGAAGAAAUUAGAGUAUAUCGACUAACCAAACUAUUUAACUAUUUAUUUUAAUUUCCUGUAACUUCAUUGUCCAUAGCAACAGCAUUUUUAUAUAUAUUUUUUUUCCUCAAUUAGAAAUGAACAUUUGAGAUUUUCACAGUGAUUACAUUUUUUGUGUUUUGCUAUAGUUUUUGCUAUUAUUGUUUUAAAGGAGAAUAUACUAACAAGAUGGA